AUGAAAUUGUACUCGUUUCGUGAGCGAAUGUUUCGAACAAAACAUCUCCCGCCGGGAAGUCUUGAAACGGAAAUGAAGAGAUGUUUGAACACAUUUGACAUCACUUUGCUGGGUGUUGGGCACAUGAUCGGCGCCGGAAUCUACGUGUUGACCGGUCACGCAUUGAAAGACAUCGCUGGUCCAUCAAUCGUUCUUGCAUUUGCACUCGCAGGUUUUGCUUCAUUGCUCUCCGCUUUGUGUUAUGCUGAGUUUGGGGCCAGAUUUCCUAAAGCCGGCAGUGCUUACACGUACGCGUAUGUGGGAGUUGGAGAGUUCUGGGCUUUUGUAAUUGGAUGGAAUGUCGUUUUGGAACAUAUGCUGUCAGCUGCAGCCGUGGCUCGAUCUUGGUCUGGUUAUCUGAAUGCGCUGACGAAUGAUUGGAUAAAGAACACCACUGUGCACACGAUUGGGGAGAUGAAUUUCACUUAUUUUGGAGACUAUCUAGACAUUGUGGCGUUUAUCGUGGCUUGUUUCAUCGCGUUCUGUGUCGGAAUCGGUUCCAAGGGUUCGACGAGAUUCAACAGUUUCUUCACUUUGCUCAAUCUUUGCGUAAUCGUUGUCGUCGUUGGUUUCGGUUUCCGAUAUGCGGAUUUCUCGUUGUGGAGUGGUGAGACGGAAAAUGGGGUUUCGAAAUUCUUCCCCUUUGGUUUCGCGGGAACUCUGGCUGGAGCCGCCUCGUGUUUCUUUGCUUUUGUCGGCUUUGAUGGUUUGGCGACAGCCGGAGAAGAAGCAAGAAAUCCAUCUCGAGCCAUUCCUUUAUCUACCUUCUAUUGUAUGGGUAUUGUCACCGUGGCCUAUGUCUCGAUGGCUGCCGCUCUUGCAUUGAUGGUUCCAUAUACAGAUAUUGAUGUGAAUGCGGCUUUUGCCACAGCUUUCCAACAACGAGGCUCAACCAUUGCCAAAUGGGCUGUCUCGUUGGGUGCAAUUUGUGGAAUGACGACGAGUAUGUUUGGAUCGAUGUUCUCAUUGCCGCGUUGUGUUUACGCAAUGGCUCAAGACGGGCUCAUCUUCAGAUGGUUAUCAAGAGUUCAUGGAACGACUCGGGUCCCAGUCAACGCAAUUGUUGUUUUUGGAUUGAUGACAGCUGUGAUCGCUUCUCUCGUCAAUGUCAAUACUCUAGUCGACUUUUUGUCAUUAGGAACUCUUCUCGCCUAUUCGAUUGUCGCAGCUUGUGUAAUCAUUCUACGUUAUCAACACGAUCUUUCCGAUACUGUUUCUGAUGAUCAUCCAGAAUAUUUCCGGCUUCGUUUCCCGGGAAGUGGCACUCUCGAGAAGCUUUCCAUGAAAACGGGUAUUCACAUCGCGCUCACAAUCAUGCUUUUUGGAUUUAUUAUUUUUGGUCUCUCCUUCACGACGGGUCUCAUCACGCACUGGUUCGGCAUCUUCCUUGCCAUCAUCGGUGCUUUGCUCUCAAUGAUCUCGUUUUUCUGGAUUUGUGUAUAUAAGCAAAAUAAUGUGCAAUUGGCUUUCAAGGUCCGAUUUGUGCCUUUCAUUCCGGCAUUGUCAUUGUUUUGCAACUCGAUGAUGAUGUUGAAUUUGCCUGGAUUAGCGUGGAUUCGUUUAGCCAUUUGGAUGACCAUUGGUAUGGCAAUUUACUUAUUAUACGGGAUGAGACACAGUACCGAAGAGGAGACACGAAAAAUCGCAGACAGCAGUAAUCCCCAACAACAAAGUGUCAAAGUUUUCCAAAAUACGCCAAUCAAAGAAACGGAUCUUGAGCAAAACCCUAAAAAUGACACUCAUUUC